UCUCAUCCAAAAAGCUCAGCAAGCCGCCCGCUUUUAGUUCAUUCAAAAAACGAAAACCAAAUUAUUCCGGAAUUUGUUUGAUAAGGCAAGCACGGAUUGAAAUAGUUAAUAAAAUCGUCUUGGAAUAAUUUAAGAUGAACAUCGACGUGGGAAUCCCUCAGGGUGGAGAAGAUUCCGGCUUCCACUCGUAUUUCACACAGAAAAUUUCAGAGCUGCAGUUCACUGUGAACGAGCGCCAAAAGAAUCUGCUCCGCCUGCAGGCCCAAAGGAAUGAACUCAACUCAAAGGUUCGCUUGUUGCGCGAGGAGCUGCAGUUGCUGCAGGAGCAGGGCAGCUACAUCGGGGAGGUGGUGAAGCCCAUGGACAAGAACAAGGUGCUGGUGAAGGUCCACCCCGAGGGGAAGUACGUGGUGGACGUGGACAAGAGCAUCAACAUCAAGGAUGUGACCCCCAGCAGCCGAGUGGCCCUGCGCAACGAGAGCUACACGCUCCACAAAAUACUGCCCAACAAGGUGGAUCCCCUGGUGUCCCUGAUGCUGGUGGAGAAGGUGCCGGACUCCACGUACGAAAUGGUCGGAGGGCUGGACAAGCAGAUCCAGGAGAUCAAGGAGGUGAUCGAGCUGCCCGUGAAGCACCCGGAGCUGUUCGAUGCCCUGGGCAUCGCCCAGCCGAAGGGCGUCCUCCUCUACGGACCUCCUGGCACCGGGAAAACCCUCUUGGCCCGGGCCGUGGCCCACCACACGGAGUGCACCUUCAUCCGGGUCUCGGGAUCGGAGUUGGUCCAGAAGUUCAUUGGCGAGGGCUCGCGGAUGGUGAGGGAGCUCUUCGUGAUGGCCAGGGAGCACGCUCCCUCGAUAAUAUUCAUGGACGAGAUCGACUCGAUCGGCUCUUCCCGACUGGAAACCGGAACUGGGGACUCGGAGGUGCAGCGCACCAUGCUGGAGCUGCUGAACCAGCUGGAUGGCUUCGAGGCCACCAAGAACAUCAAGGUGAUCAUGGCCACCAACCGCAUAGACAUCCUCGAUCAGGCUCUGCUCCGUCCCGGGCGCAUCGACCGCAAGAUUGAGUUCCCGCCGCCGAACGAAGAGGCCAGGCUGGACAUCCUGAAGAUCCACUCCCGCAAGAUGAACCUCACCCGGGGCAUAAACCUCCGCAAGAUCGCAGAGCUGAUGCCCGGCGCCUCUGGAGCGGAAGUGAAGGGCGUUUGCACCGAGGCUGGGAUGUACGCCUUGAGGGAGAGACGUGUCCAUGUCACUCAGGAGGACUUUGAAAUGGCGGUUUCCAAGGUGAUGAUGAAGGACUCCGAGAAGAACAUGUCCAUCAGAAAGUUCUGGAAGUAGAACCCUCCUACUGCCGAAAUAAUACACAACCUUUAAAUUAUUUAAAUUAAAAACGCUGCCCAUCGAAGUUUA